CAGAUAAAGACUCAAGGCAAAUUCUCUUUCAUCCACAAUGGGUUCAAACCAGUUUCUCCGUAGCCUGUGGAAGUGAUGUGGCAGAAUUACUGAACAUUCUGGAUACAGUCUGAAAAUGAUGCUCUCAUGCAAAUGACCAAAAUGCCCAGGUCAUUUAACUGUACAAAGGACAAAAGCUGAUGUAUAUCCCUGAGCCUUCCAGUCCUCUAGGCUCGAACAGCUUCUUAAGGGAUGAAGAUAAGAAGGAGAAAUUGAAAGGACCUGCCCAAAAAACUUUGCCAGGCACACAUCUAGAAUGGAGACUUGGAAGGCAUUUUGGGAGAUCAUCUUCCUUGUAGCCAGCUUUGGCUUCAUCAACUCACAGAGAACUGGCUGCAGAGAGGCCUACAUGGGAGAUGUCGUAUUUCUAGUGGACACCAGCAAUGACCCCCAAUUUAUCAGCAAUAUUCGGCGCUUGUUGUAUAACAUAGUGAAUAACCUCAAUGUCAGCAGAGAGACGAUCCGCGUGGGGCUGGCCCAGUACAGAGAUGUGCCCCAUUCUGAGUUCCUACUUUCCACCUACCGCCACAAAAGCGAUGUGUUGAAUCACAUUCGGAGGUUGCCAUUGAAAUCUGAGGGCCCUGGGGGCAAAAAGAUGGGCCUGGCCCUGCAGUUCCUUCUAGAUCACCACUUCCAGGAAAGAGCUGGGAGUCGAGCAAGCCAGAGAGUGCCUCAGGUCGCCAUAGUGAUCAGCAGCAGCCCAGCUGAGGACUCGGUGCAGGAACCUGCUGAGGCACUUAAGACUGCGGGCAUCCUGCUUUAUGCUGUUGGCCUCAGAGGUACAUCUAAGGCAGAGCUCAGGAAGAUUGCCAGCAGUCCUGAGAAGAAGUUUCUCUUUUUUGUCCCCAGCUACUCUACUUUGGGCAGCCUCACCCAGAGGCUACAGAAGGAGCUCUGCGAUACUUUCACAAAGGCAGCCCAACCACUUGACCAUGUCUCUCCAGCUUGCAGAGAAGCAUUCCUGGCAGAUAUUGUCUUCCUGGUAGACAGCUCAACCAGCAUCGGACCCCAGAACUUCCGGAAAGUGAAGAACUUCCUUCACUCUGUCAUCCUGGGGCUUGACAUUGGCAAGGACCAGGUCCGAGUGGGACUCGCUCAGUAUAGUGACAACAUCUACCCAGCCUUUCAGUUGAACCAAUACUCUCAGAAGAGUGUGCUCCUGGAGCGUAUCCAGAAUCUGCCCUACCGUACAGGAGGCACAAACACAGGGGCUGCCCUGGAGUUUAUCAGGACCAAUUACUUGACCGAGGCAGCUGGCAGCCGGGCCAAGGAGCGGGUUCCUCAGAUGGUUAUCCUGGUGACAGAUGGGGAGUCAAGUGAUGAAGUCCAGGAGGCAGCUGACAGGUUGAAAGAAGAUGGAGUUGUUGUGUACGUGGUAGGCAUCAAUGUCCAGGAUGUCCAGGAGCUGCAAAAAAUAGCCAGUGAGCCCUCUGAGAAAUUUCUCUUUAACACUGAAAACUUCAAUAUCCUGCAGGAUGUUGCAGGAGGCAUUCUUCAGACACUGUGUUUACCAGUGGAGGGUAAAAUGAAAGGUCCAGAAUUCACCCAGGCCUAUGGAGACAUGGUCUUUCUUGCUGACACCUCACAGAACACAUCACAGGCCAGUUUCCAUUUGAUGCAGAAUUUCAUCUCCAGAGUGAUUGGUACACUAGACAUUGGCAGGAACAAGUACCAGGUUGGGCUGGCUCAGUAUGGUGGUCAAGGCCACACUGAAUUUUUGUUCAAUACCUACCAGAGCCAGGAGGAGAUGAUUGCUCAUGUCCGUGAACGCUUUGUGCUCCGGGGUGGCUCCAGGAGGACGGGCAAAGCUCUACAAUACCUCUACCAGACCUUCUUCCAGGAGGCAGCGGGAAGCCGGUUUCUCCAGGGUAUCCCCCAGUAUGUAGUGGUCAUUACUUCUGGCCAAUCUGAGGAUGAGGUCCUGGAAACCGCACAGAUGUUGAAGAGGAAAGGCGUGAAAGUCAUAUCUGUGGGUGUACAGGACUUUGACAGAAGAGAACUGGAGGAGAUGGGGACCCCAUCCCUUAUAUAUGAGAUACAAGGACAAGAUGGAGUCAGACAGGAGACACAAAAUGUGUAUGAGGUGAUCCAUAGGAUGGGGCGGUCUGAGUUCAGGACAGUGCCCGUGGAAGAGACUACGGCAGGUAAGGCAGAAAAGGUAAACGUAUGUGAGACAGAAGAGGAAACCCAACUCUUUCUUUUGUUUUUGUUUAUAGCAUGUCCAACUGCAAUCCCUACUGACUUAGUAUUCCUCAUUGAGGAGUUUAGCAGGGCCAGGGAACUGAAUUUCCAUCAAGUUAUCAAUUUCUUAAAGACCACCGUUAGCUCUCUAAGCAUUCAUCCCGAUCUUGUGAGAAUCGGCUUGGUUUUUUACCAUGAGGAACCACGACUUGAGUUUGCACUGGAUGCAUUUCAGACUCCAGCCAAAAUCUUGGAGCAUUUGAACAAAUUAACCUACCAGGAAAAAACAGGAAGGGCCAAGACUGGUGCUGCUUUGGAUUUCCUAAGGAAUGAGGUUUUCGUGCAGGAGAAGGGCGGCCGGGCCAAGACAGGUGUGCAGCAGAUAGCUGUGGUCAUCACGGAAGGCUUCUCUCAAGACAGUGUGUCCAGACCAGCUUCCCUCCUCCGUAGGACAGGGGUUACCAUCUAUGCAGUGGGCACCGAGCUUGCCUCAGAGAGUGGGAACCUGGAGAAGAUAGCAUCGUAUCCUCCUGGGAAGCAUGCCAUUUCUCUGGAAUCCUUUUUGCAACUCCCCACUGUGGGAAGCAUGAUUAAGAACCAGCUCUGCCCUGAGACUAGGGGCGAAACAGUUUCCAUUACUGAGAUGGACAAUGUUCUACAGACAGGCUGUGUGCACAUCGAGGAGGCUGAUAUUUACUUCCUUAUUGAUGGGUCUAGCAGCAUCAGACAAGAUGAUUUUCUUCAAAUGAAGGCGUUCAUGAAGGCGGUGAUAAAGAUGUUCCAUAUCGGGCCUGACAGAGUACAGUUUGGAGUCGUUCAGUACUCAGACCGAAUUAACAGUGAAUUCAUCCUCAGCCAGUAUCCCAGUGUGGCACAGCUGAAUGUGGCCAUUGACGGUAUCCAGCAGAGCGGAGGUGGCACCUUGACAGGUCAGGCCUUGAGAAACAUGGCUCAGGUCUUUGCAGACACUGCUCGCAGCAACACACCUCGGUAUCUCAUAGUCAUCACCGAUGGUCAGUCUCAGGACCAGGUGGCUGUGCCUGCAAAGGCAUUGAGGAACAACAGAGUCAACAUUUAUGCCAUUGGGGUCAGAGACGCUGACACUAGUGAGCUUAAGGAGAUAGCUGAAGACAAGAUGUUUUUCGUAUAUGAAUUUGAUUCUUUGAAGGCCAUCCAACAGGAAGUGGUAAAAGACAUCUGCUCCUCAGAGAUCUGUAAGAAGAGGAAAGCUGACAUUAUCUUUCUGAUAGAUGGUUCAGAAUCCAUCUCCCCAAAAGACUUUGAAAAAAUGAAGGGAUUCAUGAAGAGGAUGGUGAAUCAAUCUAAUAUCGGUGCUGAUGAAGUUCGGAUUGGCCUUUUGCAGUUCAGCUCAUACCCCCAGGAAGAAUUCAGGCUCGACCACUUCUUCCUCAAGGAGGAAAUUCGUGAAGCCAUCUCAAAAGUUCAGCAGAUGAACGAUGGCACCCGAACUGGGAAAGCCCUGAAUUUCACUCUGCCUUUUUUUGACAGUUCAAGAGGAGGGAGACCCAGUCUUCCUCAGCAUUUAAUUGUGAUCACUGAUGGGGUGGCCCAGGAUGAUGUAGACAUGCCAGCCAAGGCCCUCAGGGACAAAAACAUAAUUAUUUUUGCCAUUGGUGUAGGAGGGGCUGAAAAGUCCCAGCUUUUGCAGAUUACUAAUGACCCUGACAAAGUGUACUAUCAAGACAAUUUUGAGUCCCUGCAGAUCCUGGAGAAGGAAAUUCUUUACAAGGUCUGCAUUCCACAAGAAUGCAACAUAGAUUUGUCUGUAGGAAUUGACCUCUCCACUUCCACAAGGCAAAAUUGGGAGAAGCUUCAAGAGUUACUGCCAGAGCUGAUGCAACAGUUGGCUGUGCUUUCUAACAUCAGCUGUAGCACUUCUGGUCAGAUCAACACAAACUUUCGCUACUUGGUUCCUGACUCAGAAGGCCCGCUUGCCUUUGACUCAGGCUUUGACAAAUACAGUAAUGAAAUCAUUCAGAAGUUCUUGGUUCAUCAGGCUACCAAGGUCAACCAUAUGGAUGCGGACUUUUUGCUAUCCUUGGGAGAUAAUGCUAUCCUCUCCUCUUCUGCUAAAGUGAAGGUCCUUUUAGUGUUUACAGACGGACUGGAUGGUGACUUACAGAGACUGAAGGAAACAUCCACGCUUCUCCGUGGCAAAGGAUUCUCUGCGCUCCUCAUUGUUGGCCUGGAAAGUGUACAUAAACUGGAAGAGCUUCAGGAGCUGGAAUUUGGCAGAGGAUUUGCAUACAAUCAGCCUCUGAGCAUCACACUGCAGUCCCUCCCAAGCAUCUUACUGAAGCAACUUGACACAAUCAUGGAAAGGACAUGCUGCAAUACGUAUGCAAAGUGUUUUGGAGAAAAGGGGCACAGAGGUGAUUCUGGGAACCCGGGGAGGAAGGGAGAGAAGGGGCCUGACGGAUUACCUGGCUAUCCCGGUGACGAAGGUGAACAUGGAGAAAGAGGUCCCCAAGGUCUUCCUGGACGCCGAGGUGAAGAAGGAUGCCCAGGUGUGAGAGGACCCAAGGGAGUACGAGGAUUUUCAGGAGAGAAGGGCGACCCUGGUGAGGAUGGCGUUGAUGGCUUGGAUGGAGAACAGGGUAAUCAUGGCAUCCCAGGAUCAUUUGGAGAAAAAGGAGACAGGGGAAAUCGGGGCUUGGCAGGACUGCCUGGACAACCGGAGAGCAUGGAGAGACCUGGGUUAAGGGGCGAUCCUGGGGAUCCUGGAAUUCAUAGUUACAUCCAAGGCCCUAAGGGAGAAACAGGAAGGCGUGGACUGCAGGGAAGUUCUGGUUACAAUGGACCUCAGGGUACCUGGAAUGCUGGCCCUCAGGGGUCAAGAGGAAGACAAGGUCUGCCAGGAUUGCAGGGUGUGCGUGGAGAAUCUGGUGAACUCGUAAACCAAGGAGAACCCGGGUAUCCAGGCUCACAGGGCCCAAGAGGAAGGCAAGGACCACCAGGAACUCUUGGACCGAAGGCUUACUGGGUGCUCAGGGGAAUCCUGGGGCCUCCAGGGCUAGGUGGUUCAAAAGGAAAAGCUGGACCAAGAGGAAUGAAGGGAGAGCAUGGUGUUGCAGGACAGAGAGGCCCAACGGGGUCAACAAGGACCCAAGAGGGCAAACCUGGUUUUUUUGGUCCCGAUGGAUAUGGACAUCCAGGAAGAAAAGGAAGAAAGGGUGAACCUGGAUUUCCUGGCUAUCCUGGCACAAAAGGAGAAGCUGGUGACCCAGGCCACCGAGGAGAGAAGGGGGCGAAGGGAAUCAGAGGGAAGAGGGGUAAUGCUGGCCUUCCAGGAUUUGUUGGAACUCCAGGUGAGCAAGGCCCACCAGGACCACAGGGCAUCAAGGGCCCCAAAGGCUUGGCAGAUAUAAUGCCUUGUGAAAUCGUCAAUUUCACACGAAAAAACUGCCCUUGUUCAACAGGUGUUUCCAAAUGCCCAGUGUUCCCCACUGAAGCGGUCUUUGCCUUGGACAUGUCCAGUGACAUCUCUGAGUUGGAGUUUGAGAGGAUGAGAGACAUUUUAUUGUCUCUGUUGAUGAAGAUGGAAAUAAGUGAGAGUAACUGCCCAAAGGGUGCCCGAGUGGCCAUCAUUGCAUACAACAACAAAAUAGAUUACCUGAUUCGCUUCUCGGACUACAAAAGGAAGCCUGCACUCCUUCAGGCAGUCCGGAAAAUUCCCCUGAAGAGGUCAUCUGGCAGCAGGAACCUUGGGGACGCCAUGAGGUUUGUGGCCAGACACGUAUUCAAACGUGUGCGCUCAGGCCUUCUCACGAGAAAAGUGGCUGUGUUCUUCCAGGCAGGCUGGGCCAAUGAUGCCGAUUCCAUCAACACUGCCACCCUGGAGCUCAGUGCACUGGACAUCAUGCCUGCAGUCAUCGCCUUCACAGAGGACCACAACCUCCCAGGCGCCCUGGUGAUGGAUGCAACCAACAGAUUCCAUCUGUUCACCUGGGAGACGAAGAGCCAGCAGGAUGUGGAGCACGUGGCCCGCUGCAUUCUCUGCCACGACAAGUGCCAACCAGCCCUGGAGUGCAGGUCGGGCAUUCCCAGCCCCCUGGCGAUGGACAUGGACGUGGCAUUUGUGGUGGAUAGUUCCCACAGCGUUGGAGUCGAUGUGUACCAUGCUGCAUUGAGUCUAGUGGAUGUCAUGCUCAACAACCUGGAGGUGGCUGCUCAGCCGAAUGCAUCCCUCUAUGGGGUGCGUGUGGCUCUGGUGAUGCACACAACUCCAGGCUUCUGGCCGGGAACGGGACGCCCACCUGUACUUGAGGGUUUUUUUCUGACCUCCUAUGGCCACCGGGCACAGAUGCAGAGGCACAUCCAUGAGGUUGCGGGCCACCCUCUACAGGGAGCCCCAGCUCUGGGUCAUGCCCUUGAAUGGACACUGCAGAAGGUGCUCUUGGCAGCCCCCCUGCCCAGGAGGGCACAGGUUCUCUUCGCCAUCGUGGCCAGUGAGACCAGCACCUGGGACCGGGAGAAGCUUAGAACUUUGUCCUUGGAGGCCAAGUGCAAGGGGAUCACCCUAUUUGUGCUUGCCUUGGGCCCUGGCGUGGGAACCCAUGAGCUGGCUGAGCUGGCUCAAGUGGCCAGCACCCCCUCUGAGCAGCACCUGUUACGUCUGGAAGGGAUCUCAAACCCAGAGAUGAACUACGCCCAGGGCUUCACACGGGCCUUCCUGAACCUCCUAAAAAGUGGAACCAAUCAGUACCCACCCCCAGAGCUCAGUGAAGAAUGUGGGGGCCCCAGCCGAGGGGACACUCGGCAGCAACCACACAGGCUUAUCGAGAGGCGGCGCAAGCGCUGGAGCGGCAUGUCUGGCCCUGCUGAUGAUUUGGCAGCACCUGAAGCAACAGACUUUGGUCUAGAGAACAGAACAACCAUGAUGACAUCUAUAACUCCGAAAGAAGCACUUGAAAAUUAUGAAAAGAACGGAUAUGCCACUGAGGAAAAUGAACAAGAAAUGUCUGCAAAACCAAAGAAAAAUGGUCCUUGUUUUAUGGAUCCAAUGGAAGGUGAGUGCCAGGACUACAUCCUGAAAUGGUACUAUAACAAGAAGGAGCGGGCUUGCCAACCAUUCUGGUAUGGCAGCUGUGGGGGCAAUGCCAACCGGUUUGAAACCAAGGAAGAAUGCGAGGUUCAGUGUGCCACAACACCUCUGUAGAGCCAAGUAGAGCCUCGGGACUGUUGCCUCUGUGGUAAUAGCUGAUGAAGCCGACAUUGCCUUUCCUGAGACAGUGCCACACAGCUCAUGAGUAACGAAGCCCACUCUUUACUCUCAGAGGUCAAUUCCUAACCCCCUGAAUUUUUUCCUGCCAGUGGGGGCUUGACCCGUGAUUUGAGAAGGAUGGUGUUCUAGUACUUCAAAAAGUGACCAAAACUUUCCUGAAAGUUAUUUAAAUGAUUUAGAACUGAAUGGAAAAGAAACCUGAACUUGACAUAACAUUAUUUUUUUGUCUAUGUAACAAAAGAAAAAUCAAUGUAAGCAGUGCGUCCAAACUAAUUUAAAAGUGAGUUGAAACUUUUUUUUAACCGCUAGAAGGCCUGGAAGUAUUCAUCAAAGCAGGGGUUUGGAAAAAUGGACAUUUAUUGUGAAGUUUCACCCUGACUAUGUAGUGUGAAAAUAAAGGCAUUCUCGAUAAAUCA